UCAAAUCCUAUAAAACCAGACAUCUGGACCUCCACGUCUACACCGAAACCUUCAGAGAAGAGAGAGCCUCUCUUUAGUUCUUUGGAAGAAAUUUGGAAAAUCAAACGACACUUUUUUAAAAAUGGCAAUGGUAUCAGAAUUCCUCAAGCAGGCCUGGUUUAUUGACAAUCAAGAACAGGAUUAUGUUCAAACUGUGAAAUCCUCCAAAGGUGGUCCUGGGUCAGCUGUGAGUCCCUACCCCAGCUUCAAUCCCUCCUUGGAUGUUGAGGCCUUGCACAAAGCCAUAAUGGUUAAGGGUGUGGAUGAAGCAACCAUCAUUGAUAUUCUCACUAAGAGGAACAACUCUCAGCGCCAGCAGAUCAAGGCAGCUUACCUUCAGGAGAAAGGAAAGCCUUUGGAUGAAGUUCUGAAGAAAGCUCUUGUGGGUCACCUUGAAGAAGUUGUUUUAGCGCUACUAAAAACUCCUGCCCAAUUUGAUGCAGAUGAACUGCGUGCUGCCAUGAAGGGACUUGGAACUGAUGAAGACACUUUGAUUGAAAUUUUGACAUCUAGAAAUAACAGAGAAAUCAGAGAAAUCAGCAGAGUCUACAGAGAGGAACUGAAAAGAGAUCUGGCCAAAGACAUUGCAUCAGACACAUCUGGAGACUUUCAGAAGGCUUUGCUUGCUCUUGCUAAGGGUGACCGAUGUGAGGAUGUGGGUAUUAAUGAAGACUUGGCUGAUACAGAUGCCAGGGCUUUAUAUGAAGCAGGAGAGAGGAGAAAGGGGACAGAUGUGAAUGUGUUCAAUACCAUUCUGACCACCAGAAGCUAUCCCCAUCUUCGCAGAGUGUUUCAGAAAUACACCAAGUACAGUCAGCAUGACAUGAAAAAAGUCCUGGACCUGGAAAUGAAAGGAGAUAUUGAGAAAUGCCUCACGGCAAUUGUGAAGUGUGCCACAAGUCCCCCAUGCUUCUUUGCUGAGAAGCUCCAUCAGGCCAUGAAGGGUGCUGGGACCCGUCAUAAGGCACUGAUCAGGAUCAUGGUCUCCCGUUCGGAAGUUGACAUGAAUGAUAUCAAGGCAUACUAUCAGAAGAUGUAUGGGAUCUCCCUUUGCCAAGCCAUUCUGGAUGAAACCAAGGGAGAUUAUGAGAAAAUCUUGGUGGCUCUCUGCGGAGGGUGUUAAGCAUUCCUUUGGUGCUUUUCAGCAUGUGAUUAAGUGCCUUCUUAAUCACAUCUUUUCACUCCCCAACACGGGCAUAAGUAGGAAAGUAUUUCAUCAGAAUUACAGCAUAACCAUCUGCUUUCUUAAAAAUAUAUAUAAAUAAUUUUAUAACAUAUACAUCAUUUUAUAUUACAAAUCUAUGUAAUAGAGAUAAGUGUUUUAAAAAUAUGUUUAGCACAAAUGAUAAAAUCUGUAAGUAAAUUGUUCUGGUAACAAUACUUGAGAAAGAUCUUUAUGCAGCUGAAUAUAAAAUGAUUUUAUUUAC